AUGCCCGUCGACUGGACCUCCACCAACUCUCUCCCUCCUACACCCGUCGUCGGAACGUACGCUCCCAAGAACCUCUCCGUCGCUGACGCCGCUAAUCUCGCCCGCAACCGUAGACACCGUCGCCUGGAACAAGAAGAAGAGGCAAUCACGAGCAAACGCGCCUGCCAGUCUACGCCCGAUCCUGCUCCCCGCUCCCCCUCUGCUCUCCCUCCUCCACUGCCACCAUCUCCGGCUCCCACACCCGACGAACCCAUGGAAGCGCAACCUGUCGACCAGCAGGUCCUCCCGGACCCGCCACUUGCUGACCAGGAUGUUACGGACACCCGAUUAUCCAUUAUCUUUUUCCUUUUCCUUUCCUUUUUCCGGACUCUCACGUGA